UGAUAUUACAGCAGAAAUCAGAGAAGAAGAAUAAGGGCUGGGAAGAAGUGAAGAAACACUGCAGCAGAAACAUCUUAGAGGAGAACAUGAGGAUCCAGAAACCUGCAGAGAGCAUGAAGAAGAUCCUGAGAGUCAAGGAGAUCUGUCGGGAGUUACCGAAUCGCCCGCCAACGCAAAAAGUUCCUCACGCGCAAGCGGUUUUUGCCAGAAAAGCGUCCCGAAAGCACGUUUCCUCCCGUGUCCCCACUGCGAGAAGAGUUUCUCCCGCAAAGGGGAUCUGGACAGGCACGUGCGGGUCCACACGGGAGAGAAGCCGUUCUCCUGCGCCCAGUGCGGGAAGAGCUUCGCGCUGGCGGACGGUCUCCGGAAGCACGUGCGCUCUCACUCCGGAGUCAGACCCUGUCGCUGCCCGCAGUGUGGAAAGGCCUUCAUCCUGCCGUCGCACCUGAAAAGGCACAUGGCCAUUCACGCCGGUUCCAAGCCGCACUCGUGCUCCCUCUGCGGGAAGGGCUUCUCUCAGCUGGACUGUUUGAAGAAGCACCGGAAGACGCACGGCGGGGCCAGGCCUCACGCGUGCUUCGAGUGCGGGAACGCUUUUAAUUCGGCCGACGCUUUGAAGCGGCACCGCCGCGUUCACACCGGGGAGAGACCGUACUCGUGCUCCGAGUGCGGCAAGGGCUUCACCCAGUCCGGGCACCUGAGGCGGCACGAGAGGGUGCACACCGGGGAGAAACCGUACCUCUGCUCGCUCUGCGGGAGGGGUUUCAGCACGGCGCGGAAUCUACCGGCUCACGUGAAGAAACACCGACCCGGCGCGUGCCGGAUCACCCGGGGUGACGGAAACGGACGCGCUGACGUCUGGGGAGAGACUUCAUCGGGACUCUCAGUAUAGUACACGAACCUAGAGAAACGUGAAUGGGGUUAUUUUAGAGAGAGGAGAAUAUUUUCACGAAGAGGAAGAGUUCAGACACGUUAUGUUCUAGUGUUUCCCUGUUGUAAAUGUUUAAAUUAAUUAUUUAAAUUAAUAGGCUUUCGUUAUCAUCAAAACAAACUUUUUAAUCUAUAUUUAUUCAUGGUUAUAUAAGUGGAAGACAGUGAUAUAGAUAAAAAAAUAAAC